UUGCCCUACUCCCCCCAGCUGAAGGAGCACCUGGCCAUCGACAUCUACGGGGCGCGGGGGCUGGCGCUGGCCCAGGGCGGCGUGGUGGAGACCGUCUCGGCCUACAAGUUCUACCUGGCCUUCGAGAACUCCCAGCACACGGACUACAUCACCGAGAAGCUCUGGAGAAACGCCUUCGCCGCCAGCGCCGUGCCCGUCGUCCUGGGCCCCCGCAGGGCCAACUACGAGCGCUUCAUCCCCGCCGACUCCUUCAUCCACGUUGACGACUUCCCCAGCCCCCAGCUGCUGGCCACCUACCUGAAGUUCCUCGAUAAAAACAAACCCAGCUACAGAAAGUAUUUUGCCUGGAGGAAGAAGUACGAUGUCCACGUCACCUCCUUCUGGGACGAGCAUUUCUGCAGGGCUUGCGAGGCUGUGAGGGCAGCCGGGAAUCACGUCAAGACUGUGCAAAAUCUGGCCGGCUGGUUUGAAAGCUGA